AAAUCAAAAUUCAAAAUCAUUUUUAGUCAAACACUUAAACAGUUCGGUUGCUUUUAAGAUAUCUUAAGAUAAGAUACUAAAAGUCGCAAUGCGCGUUUUAGAAUUAGCAUUUAUUUUCUUGAUAGUUAUUUGUAUUAUUUCUGUAGCAAAAUCGGAAAAAGGAAGGAAAGUAAAAGGCAAGCUGACAAAUAUCGCAGGAAGCCCAUCUAGAAAGAAUGGAAAAUUUAACUUCCAAGACGAAAUGUCCGUCAUGCUAGAUAUUGAAGGAGUUGAAACAAGCUUGGCUGUAAAAAGGGCAGACAUAAAGGUCCCAAGUAAACCUCCAUCGCAAAAGAAUUCGGAAGUUGCCGCGUACCAGAAUGAAGAAAAUGGCGUCUUUUGCCUAGAAAUGUGUGAAGGACAAUGUGACGUACGUUGUAAGAAACAGACGGCUGAAGGUUUAUAUUACUUCACGGGCGAAGCGGUGCUGUUCUUGGGAUCCAGUGAUGGAACUAUCGAUGCCAUUUUGGAUCAAAAAGAUAUGACAGUUACUGCUGAUGGAAAAGUGAAAGUGAAGGCAAAGGAAGGACAGAAACAAUCUCAAAAUCUCCACGGAAAUAGAAUUAAGCAGGUCCAGCCAAAAAUGGCAGAACGUUUGUCUAAGAUAAAAACCACUAAGUCCGCAUCGCGCAGAGACAUAAGGGAUGCCCACAAAAGGGAUACAACUUUACUCAAAGAGAAGCCGGAUGUUAGAGAAAGAAGAGCUCUGGUUCCUGAUGUAGAAUCGGAUGUAGCCGUUAUAAAACUAAUGUUGGUACUCGAUUUAGGGUUCACAGAAAGAAUAGCAGACUUGGUUGGCAAUAACGUGAAUAACAUCACAGCUGAAAGUGAAAAGUUUCUGGCUCUUAUUGUAAACGAGUUUGCGUAUCACUAUGGAAGCCUAGAGAACUAUGGAAACUCAUUUACGCUAAAUGGCACACCUCACCCUUUGAACAUGACUGUUUUUCUAAACAGUAUAGUUUUUCCGCCACUAAACACCGCCGGCACAGAAUUUGUCAACUUCGAUUGGUCAGGGUAUCAUGUUGGGUUCAAAGACUUUGGACAAUCUUCCGAGAAAGCAUUGUUCGCAUACCAUUAUUAUCUUCGUAACAGGUACUGGUAUUCGGAGUAUCCGAUCUAUUCCUUUGGCGAAUGGCUCAAAAACAGUGGGCUGUCUGGAUACGAUGUCGCACAUGCAAUAACUGGGUACGAUUUAGCUGAUCUUUCAUUGACAUAUUUUCGGGGCACUUGGUAUUACCGUGAUGAAGAAACAAAUGUGAUAGGUUUGUAUAUUGUAUAUUUUAAGGCAACUAGCUUUGUUAAGAUCCACGACUUUGAGUAA